AAAAAAGAGUCAUAAAUUUCACAAUCUACUACGACAGCGUGUCACACGCCUAAUAAAUUCCCAGCAAACCCACAUCUUUCUAGAAAUUUGAGACACUUUUAAAGCGUCGAAGUGCAUGGUGACAUCUGCAACUCAAAUCAAGACUGGAGUGACGCCACGGUAGAUGCACCAUGGCGGAUUUUAUGCAGAGGACACCUGCCUAAAAAACCACUCUAUCGCUGCGGGCGAGACCGCUCGUAACUCCCCCUCUCCACUUCCAAAAUGCGUGAAUGGGGAUAAAGCCAUCACCAAUGACUUGUCCGAACUCUCUGAAGAAAAGGACAGUCUUUCGCUGGACCCAACGGCUGAUAUAGCAGCCUCACCACCACUUGGUCCUCAGCAAAGUACCCACGAAACUGGGAAUCAUUCAGACGACAACAAUGAAGACGACGACGCAGAUUACGAGUUUCCCGAGGGAGGUUUCCAAGCCUGGCUCGUCGUAUUCGGCUCCUUUUGUGCCAUGUUCAUGGUAUUUGGUGUCGUGAACUCUACGGCCGCACUGCAGGACUACUUCAGCAACCAUCAGCUUCGCGGGUACUCGCCUGGCUCGAUUGGGUGGAUCUUCAGUCUGAACCUAUUCCUGGUUUUCUUCUGUGGCUUGUACAUUGGAGGAAUCUUCGAUGUGCAUGGCCCGCGACUUCUGGUUGCAUUUGGCAGCCUGGCCCUGGUCUUAUCAAUGAUGUUAUUGGGCUUCUGCACUGAAUACUGGCAGUUCAUGCUUGAUUAUGCAGUCCUCGGAGGUAUAGGAGGAGCGCUUCUCAACACCCCCGCCUAUGCAUCCAUUGGUCACUUUUUUCAGCGCCGUCGCGGUCUCGCAACGGGAGUUGCUUGCACCAGCGGCUCUAUCGGCGGCAUCGUCAUCCCAGUGAUGCUGCAGGGGCUGAUUCCCAAGAUUGGCUUUGCCUGGUCAACCCGCGUCAUUGGGUUUCUCUUUCUGUUGUUGGCGGUCCCUGCCAACCUCUUCAUCGUGAAGCGGUUGCCGCCGUCUAAGAAGGCCUCGGGAAGCUUGCUUCCUGACCUGACUGCUUUCAAGGAUCCCAGCUUCGCACUGUGCUCCGCUGGGAUGUUUUUGAUGGAGUGGGGUCUUUUUGUCCCCUUGACGUACAUUAGCUCGUACUGUACUACGCAUGGCCAAGACCCUUCUUUUGGCUUCACUGCUGUCGCGUUGCUGAAUUCAGGAAGUUUCUUUGGACGCUGGCUUCCAGGGCUCCUGGCAGACAAGCUCGGCAGGUUCAACGUCAUCAUUGUGACAAUCUUGCUGUGUGCCAUUACUGUUUUGGCUAUCUGGCUGCCAGCUGCAGAUUCACGAGCCGUGAUUAUUGUCUUUGCCAUCUCGUUUGGCUUUGCCAGUGGCAGUAACUUGGGCCUCAUUCCAGUUUGCCUGUCGCAACUCUGCCGAGCUGAGGAUUAUGGCCGUUACUUUGCUACGUCCUAUUUCUUUGCUAGCUUUGGGUGAGUAACCACGUCCUUUUCUUCUUUUUACCUUAUUUCUUUCUUUUUUCUAUCUAUUUUAUUCAUUUGUCUCUUUUGACGUGCAAGGCUGAUGGAUUCCGUUGUAGCACGUUGACGAGCAUUCCAAUCGGAGGCCAGCUCCUGACUGCCACGGGUGGUGCCUAUUGGGGCUUGAUCAUCUUUGCUGGUCUGGCUUAUUUGGGUGCCUUGAG